UGGUCCUAACAGGUCACCCAAAGUCACCAUUGGCCCUCAGCCAACCAAUGCAGGCUGUAAACUCAAUCACUCAAACCCCUCAGGAACUCCAAGAUCAGAAAAAGCCAGUAGCUGCUGGGUUAGCUGCUAAAUCACUCUUGCCGAAACCAGCUCAGUCUGGUCUACGCCCUCCUGGUUACUCGCGACUUCCACCAGCUCGUCUAGCUGCCUUUGGGUUUGUCAGAAGCUCCAGUGUCUCCUCCGUGUCCAGUAACCACUCCACUGACAGCACACGGAGUGACCCAUGCCGACCUGCCAACCGUCCCAACAGUGUAAAUGACGAGCCGCCAUUCCACCAAGUCAACACAUCUCCCCCUGGGGAUGGACCCAAAGCACCCUGCCGCAGCAUCCCUCAACCCCCCAACACUCCUGCACCCAAACGUCGCUCCCUGCUGCCCCCUCCGCGAAGCUCCCCAGCAGCUGCCCGUAAGGAAUUCCAGAAGAGUUCUGAUGGCACUCGUUCAUCUCUCUCCUCUCCUAAGAGACUGGCUGUGGUCUCUCCUAAACCACAGUCUCCAGUCCUUCAGAGGCCACAGAGAGUAACAUCGGCAGUACGAGCCUCAAGCAUGCAGAUUUUACCUUGCACUGGCUCUCCUGGCCCAGAGAAGAGAAAAGAAGUGGAGCAGAAGAAAGAGAAAGAACGAGAGGAGUUUGAGAGACAUGGAGAGUUGCAGCUCUUGCAGGGACGCUGUGAAGAGCAGAGCAGGCAACUGCAGGCUCUUCAGACAGAACUAAAGAAAACCAGCGUGGGUCUAGAGGUCUUUGUGAUCUGCACUCAACACUUCUGCCUCAAGAGUGAAAGUGCUGAAGAGAAAGAGAGAGAGUUGUCCCAGGAGCUAAGCAGGAUUCAGCUUGAAGUAGCUUUUAACGCAGCUCGCUGGGAGCGUCUGCAGAAGGAGAAGAGGGAGCUGGAGGAGUGCUUUGAGAGAGAGCUCAGAGGGUUGCAGGUCCAGCAGGAGUCUGAGCUCGCUACCUUUGAGGAGAACCUGAGAUUACGUCACGCUUCAGACAGAGACCAUCUUAGAGCUGAGCACCAAUCAGAGGUGGAGGAACUUCGAACCCAGCACCAGGAACAGAUAGAGGAGCUGACUGCCAACCAGGAGGCUGCCUUGGACGACCUGAAGACCAUGCACAACAUUACCAUGGCAACACUGCAGGAGGAACAUGCAAGGACAAUGAGAGACUUAAGAAAAGCUCAUGAGCAGCAGAAAGCCAGUUUCGAAGAGGACUUUGAGAGACUACGCCUCUCCCUUCAGGACCAGGUGGACACACUGACGUUCCAGAACCGAAUUCUGAAAGACAAAGCUAAGCGUUUUGAAGAGGCCUUAAGGAAGAGCACAGAUGAACAGAUCGUGGAUGCCCUAGCUCCAUAUCAGCAUAUCGAGGAAGAUCUGAAGAGUCUGAAAGAGGUUCUUGAGAUGAAAAACCAGCAAAUUCAUGACCAGGAGAAGAAGAUCUGCCAGCUGGAGAAAGUGGCCCAAAAGAACCUGUACCUGGAGGAGCGGGUCCAGGUGCUUCAACAGCAGAAUGAAGACCUGAUGGCCCGCAUCGACCGACACCUCACAGUGUCCAGGCAACUAUCUGAAGACAAUGCUAACCUUCAGGAGUAUGUGGAGAAGGAGACCAAUGAGAAGAAACGUUUAAGCCGCAAUAAUGAUGAAUUGAUGUGGCUUCUUCAGACGAGUCCUCACCUGUCACCCUCCUCCUCCCCUAUUCACAAAGCCUUCUUCCCAGGCCCUGAAAUCCCCCCGUACCCUUACUCUCCAGGCCCUGGUACCCCCACACACUUGAGUUCUCCUGGCCCCUGUACACCCACUCACAGAGUGGUGUCUCCAGGACCAGGGACACCCAAUCUCAGAGGGUCACCAGCAGCACGAUCGUCCCCAGCUCGAAUCCCAAAUGCCAACACUUUACCCAGAUGAGCAGCCCUAUUAAGUCUCUGUUGCUUCAUCCAUCUUUCCACUUGUUUUCUGUCACUUUUAAUCUUUUGUUUACAGUAGUACAGUGUUUUAUUUUGCUGUCAAUUAUUUUCUUUGAAAAGAAGAGAGACCAUUGCCGUUUUCUUGUUCAACUGAUAACCUGUCAGAUUUAAUCUAUUCAGAUUAAAUCUAUGCUGAUCUCUGUCACUUCCGUUUUGACUUCAUAACGCAAAACAAUAUAUGUGUAAUUUCUCUUUGGGGAUCAGACUUUAUUAACUUGUAGCAUUGCUUCAGAACGAAAGAGCUUGAUGCUCAGCUUUACAUAUUUUGCUGAAAAUUUUUGGCCGAGAUGGAGGCAAGACCAUUUUUGUGUAUAUGCCAGUAUCUCGCCAUUGGAUUUGACUGUAUAGGACAUGCUGUUGGACUCCAACAUAAAUGUCUGUAGGUUCCUCUGAAUGGUAUUUGAGAACUUUCUACAACAAAAAGCACUUUAGGUUUCUGUCCUUCCUUCUUCCUCCAGAUAAAUGCACCAGCAUUUUGUCCAGUUUGGUUUAGUUUUCUAUGAAAUAAGUCAUCUGAUUUCACAAAUCUCUCAGUGUUCCUGCUGUUGUAAUCCAGAAUGUUUCAAAUUAAGCGGUUCAAGAGAUGUACAAGUCUCUUCAAAAGCUGCAGUGACUACCACCACCAUUCCAUGGAAAGUUUCUAUGGACCCACCAAAAUACUAGCCCAGCUGAUAUCUAAACCAACUAUUCCAAGCAAGCUCCAUAUACAGAAUAGUUUGAUUGUUUGAAGUGCUGACAUGGUUUUGUGAAGGCCCUGACGAUUCUUCACAAGGGCUGACUUUCCACUGCACAAAAUGUAUAACUAUUUCUUGAUUAACUAGAUGAAACAUCUUCAGAAUCCAGUCUAUUUUAUCACUUAAGCCUCUAAGGUUUAACGUCUAAAGGGGGUUGCACACCGGACUCAGCAGCCAUAUGACAAACAGUGUCCUAAAUUUCAAAACCAUUGGUUUUUAUAAUGAUAAUAAUAAAUGUUAUUUGUAUAACACCUUUCAUACAUCAAGUGCAGCUCAAAUUGCUUCACAUAUCAAAUUAAAAAAAAAUCAAAGAUAGAAACUGCAUACAAAAUAAAAAAUCAAAGAUAGUAACUGCAUACUAUAUAUUGUAUGCAGUUACUAUCUUUGAUUUUUUAUUUGAUG